CGGUUCCCAGCCGGGAGGACGGCGGAGAGCAGGUUAUGUGGGAGCCGGCGGGGACAUUUGCCGGCGACACUCGAGCGCUGGCCGGAAGUGGAGCCGCCAAGAGCCGCGCCGCUGGAUCUCCGGGCUAGACCGUGGCGACGGCGGCGGCCCUUCGGCUCGAGGAGGACGAUGAGGAGCGACGGAAGCGGCGCCGGGCGACGCUGCUGCGCGGCGCUCGGUUUCGUGCCCGCGGCCGACCUCGCAACCUGCCAGCAAGCCUGAGAUACUUACGGAGAGCUACAAUGGAAAAGUCCUGGAUGCUGUGGAACUUCAUUGAAAGAUGGCUAAUAGCCUUGGCUUCGUGGUCUUGGGCUCUCUGCCGUAUUUCUCUUUUACCUUUAAUAGUGACUUUUCAUCUGUAUGGAGGCAUUAUCUUACUUUUGUUAAUUUUCAUAUCAAUAGCAGGUAUUCUGUAUAAAUUCCAGGAUGUAUUGCUUUAUUUCCCAGAACAGCCGUCCUCUUCGCGCCUUUAUGUUCCCAUGCCCACUGGUAUUCCACAUGAGAACAUUUUCAUCAGAACCAAAGAUGGAGUCCGUCUAAAUCUUAUUUUAAUAAGAUACACUGGAGACAAUUCGCCCUAUUCCCCAACUAUAAUUUAUUUUCAUGGGAAUGCAGGCAACAUAGGUCACAGGUUACCAAAUGCAUUGCUUAUGUUGGUUAACCUCAAAGUUAAUCUUUUGCUUGUUGAUUAUCGAGGAUAUGGAAAAAGCGAAGGAGAAGCAAGUGAAGAAGGGCUCUAUUUAGAUUCCGAAGCUGUGCUAGACUACGUGAUGACUAGACCCGACCUUGAUAAGACAAAAAUUUUUCUUUUUGGCCGUUCCUUGGGAGGAGCAGUGGCCAUUCAUUUGGCUUCUGAAAAUUCACAUAGGAUUUCAGCCAUUAUGGUGGAGAACACAUUUUUAAGCAUACCGCAUAUGGCCAGCACUUUAUUUUCAUUCUUUCCAAUGCGUUACCUUCCUUUAUGGUGCUACAAAAAUAAAUUUUUGUCCUACCGAAAAAUCUCUCAGUGCAGAAUGCCUUCACUUUUCAUCUCUGGACUCUCCGACCAACUAAUUCCACCAGUAAUGAUGAAGCAGCUUUAUGAACUCUCCCCCUCUCGGACUAAGAGGCUAGCCAUUUUUCCAGAUGGAACUCAUAACGACACGUGGCAGUGCCAGGGCUACUUCCCUGCACUGGAACAGUUCAUCAAAGAAGUGAUAAAGAGUCAUUCUCCUGAAGAAAUGACGAAAACGUCAUCUAGUGUAACAAUUAUAUGAUGCUCCCCUUUUUGAUUAAUGCAUUGUAUUUUAAUUUGUGCAGAAUGAUAAAGAAUGUUCAUUUCUUAGAAGUGUGUUACGUCUGUACUUGUCUGAAGAAUGACAUUAAACUUUGAAAGGACCUCAGUGUACCUUUAUGAUGAUCCAAAUGGUUUUUUACAUUUGAAGAACUGUAAUUAUUGGGAUUAUUUCACACAUGUUCAUCAAAACUUUCAAUGUGGUUAUAUAUCCAUAACUUUAGUUUAGUACAUCAGUAUAAUAAUAGAGGUUAUUCAAAAGUUUCUUGUUGCUUAAGUGACAUAUAAUCUGUGUCACAUUUAGGCUAAUAGCUGGGAAUGAAUGAAAGGAGACACAUGAGCAAGAAACCUUUGGAUGUAAUUCCUGUAGUAAAUAUUGGGACAAUCAUGGUAAGAAAACUUAAUUCUAUAACUGCAUUUUUCACCUUAAAAGUUAAAAUGAAAUGCAUGAUGGUAUUUUAUUCCUUGACUUAUGCAAUGCAACAUUUUUAAUGUAAAUAGCACUGGCCAUAUACUGGUGUAUAUGGUUAUCUGGGUUAUAUCUAUUUUUAUGUAAAUUCUAUUUUGUUUCUGGCAAAAAGUGGAACUGAGGCCUGUGUGCAGGUUGCCAUUGACCUUUGCUCUGGUGGACGCUGAGAUCCAGCUUUUUCUUACAAAUAAAUGGGACCCUGUUUUCCAA